GCAAUUUCUUAUUUAUUCCCAUCCGGACUAAGCGAUCCUCUCGCGCAACCAGUAAUGAAACCUCCAGAGGAGGUGAUGCCGAAGUUUCAUAAAUUGUCAUUUGACGAUGAAGGUCGACCGUGUGGCACACUAUUUUACACGAUCAAACCAAAAUUUUAUCAGCUUCUAUCGGAUAUCGCAUUGAAAACGAGCCGUUUGAAGUUGUAUGAACAUGAGCAAAUCCUGAAAAAUAUCAAAACAACACCGCCACAAGAAUUAAUCUUAUCUGGUAGCGCUUGGUUGCCAAAGGAAGACAUGAACAAAAAGCUUGAAGAAACAAUAUCCGAUGAAAUGUAUACGAAUCUGAUAAUGGCGUUCGAUUAUUUAUGCUCAUUACCGUUCUCAUCAAUGGAGCGUGACUUCAUAUUUGAGUAUCGAAUGCCAAUUGCUAGUGGCGCCGGAUCUCGAUUGUUUGGACCUGAGAUUCCCAAAGUGGAGGUGAUUCCCGAGACGAACCGACGUAUCGCACGUUCAGAAACAACCGUGAAAACAACGAAAGCCCUCGUAACGGUUUCUGACGCGGGUACAGGCAAAUACACUGUGAAUGGUCACGGUAUCGACGAAUUUAGAUCACUUCAAGCCAGAGAGGUAUUUUUGGCACCAUUGAUCGUAGCCGACGUACUCGGAAUGGUUGAUAUCUCGGCAGUGGUGCAAGAAGGGCCAGGCGGUGUUUCGGUGAUACCUCGAGUGGUGAGGCAUGGUGCAGCGUUGGGCAUUGCUGCUCUCUAUCCAGAACAUUCGGAAAAACUUCGUUUAGCUGGUCUUUUAACGCGCGAUCCACGAAGACGUGAACGUUCUAAGGUGAAUCAACCGGGUGCACGUGCCAAAUGGAUUUGGUUCGUUUUUGAAGAAUUCAGCAUUUAA